GCUGACAUGGAUAAACGUAGAAAAUCUGUUAUUCUCAUAGAGAUAUGCUUGUGUUUCGUUUCUGCAGUGUCCUCUUUCACUGAGGAAGUGUGUGACAAAACAAAAUGUCCGGGACCAUUACAAUUCUACAAAGAAGUGCGGUGUAAAGCAAUUUACAAAAAUCCAGAGGAUUGCUGCGCUAUAAAAUACGAUUGUUCUCAUCUUAAGGAGAGAUCUACGGAAAAGUGUUAUGUAAAUGAUAAUGUUUAUGAAAUUGGAGAUGAACUUAAAGACGAAGACGCUCUUCCUUGCGACAUUGGAUGCACUUGCGAGGAAGGUUACAGAGGAGUAGCCACAUUCAGCUGUGCAGAAGUUGAUUGUCCUUCUUUUUAUCCUACGCCUGGAUGUUAUUUACAACAUUCUAGUAAUGAAUGCUGUCCAAUUGAAGUGUGUCCUGAAGCCGAAGAUAGAGCAAAAUGUGUUGUUAAUGGGACAACAUACUUAGAAGGUGAUUAUUUUGAGGUUGAAGGAGAGCCGCAUAAAUCUUGUUAUUGCAAACCAGGAUACCAAGGAGAAAAUGUAGAACCAUUUUGCUCAACGCCACAGGGAAAUUAUUGCGGAACUGAUUUAAGAAGUAGUUACGAAAUAAAAGAAAAGUGUUCUCCUGUUUAUUAUAAUAAACAAUCUCCCCAGAACGACUGUAGUGUUUCUUACAGAUGCCAAAACAAAAACGACAUUAUUAUUUCCAAAUCUGAAAAUGCUAGGAAAUCUGUGGAUGACGAAUCUGCUACAUGCACAUUCGGUAAUAUCGAGAUGCAAAUUGGGGAUGAACUAAAUCAAGCAACAGAUUACAGUUCUGUAUGUGUGAAAUGCAUCUGUGAAGUUCCUCCUAUUCCCACUUGUCAGCGCCUUCCUGAUGACGAAUGUGACGUAACUGUUCAUCCUGAGUUUGAUACGUACUAAUCGAUUCAAGAAUUUUAGUUUAAGCUUUAAAAAAACAUGAGACCAAUUCAUAUGAAAUCGAGCAGCUACUGUUUUUGAUGUCAUGGGAUUGCUUAGGCACCAACUACCGUAUAUUAUUUUCCUAUGUAAAAUAUGAUAAACGUAUCGUUUGUUUUUUAUCAAAAAAUGGUUCUCAGAAACUUAGGGCUAUACUUACAGGUAUGAGUUUCAAAUUCUGGAUAUUAUUUAUUUUAAUUGUUUUAACUUUAUUUUGUUUAAAUAUUUUAUUUUUAUCACUUUUCAAAAAAUUGGAAUAUUUUUAGGUGCUAAUUUGUUUCCUAAGUUCCCUUUGUUUCCUACUCUUGGGUGUUUACACAAAUUGAAAUUGUUUUAAAAAUUAAACUUGUUUUAAGAAUUAAGAAUAUAUUCAGAAAACAAAUUAUGUUGUUUAUAAGGCAUGGCUCGUCGUACGAGAGAGUGUCACAAGAGUAAACCAUUUUAUUUUGUAUCAAAGGUUAAUAAACAAAUCUAAAAAGAAA